AAACAUGGACACAUUUCCUACUGGUUUACUGAACGGAUAGUGUAUCGUUCUUUUUUUGUCCUUUUCUUUGUCAUCAUCUUCGUGUAAAAGUGACAAUGUCAAAAGUAUACGCCUGUCUGUAUUUGAUUUUUCAUUUGAUGCGCAAAGACGUUGUCAACGCGAUAACGUGUGAUGAAGAAGAUACUCGGGAUAUCGUUACAAAAAUUCGUUUGAAAGUUUAUCAAGGGAAUAGCUCUCACUUCACAUCCACCGAGAGUACGGUGACAAAUCCAGGAAACAUCGCCGACGCCAUCUUGACCGAUCGGGACAGCAUCCUUUACAUACACGGAUUCAUGGAGAACACGGAAGCGGAGAACGUUCGGGUAAUAAUUAGAGCUUAUCUGGACAAGGGAGACGUGAACGUCAUUCUGCUCGAUUGGGGGGACAUAGCGUAUCACAUUAAUUACGUUUACGUGGCGAGUCAAGUGGCUGCGAUAGGGAAAGUAGUUGCUGAAUCUUUAAAUCAGCUGAUCGAGCUGAUCGAUUUGGACACUUUGCACGUGAUCGGGCAUUCCUUGGGCGCUCACAUAGCUGGCAAUAUUGGCAGAUUCGCGAAUAUCAGUCGAAUAACCGGUUUAGAUCCAGCAUUCCCGUUGUUUUAUCCGUCUGCGUGUCACAUCAGAUCGACCGAUGCCGAGGCCGUUGUUAUCCUUCACACUGAUGGUGGAUUUUAUGGGGCGGCUAUCAACACGGGUACUGUUGACUUUUACGCAAACAAGGGGAUCAGCGUGCAACCGGGUUGUCCUAUAAUCUUCGGUGCAGAACUGUGCAGUCAUCAAAGAUCUGUCGCGAUAUACGCAGAGUCCUUAAACAGUCCGAAAGCAUUUCCGGCGCACAAGUGUUUUGACAAGAUCGCGGACAUCGAGGAGGUCUAUUUCGGAGAUUCAACCCCAAAGAACAUAUACGGAGCAUAUUGUUUCAAUACCAACGCCAAGUCUCCAUAUGGCAAAGGUGUUUGAAAUUCUCGUUCCUUAGUAAGUGAAGUGGAAUACUAAAUACGAUAUAGAAAAAUUUCUCUCCACCGUGUCUUGUUAGAAAAUAGAAAUAAAAAUAGAAGAUACAAUAACUUUAAUUGAUAAUUUAACAACGUAUUAACAAUACUUGGUAAUAGUUUCAAUAGAAGAAAUCCUUCACUUUGCAGAUCAAUCGUUUUAUUUUAUGCUUGGUUAUUAACU